GCUGUUGGAUGGCCACAGGAGUGAACUACUGGAGCUCUUAUGAACCCAGUUACAAGGUGAGUGAGUGUGUGUGGGGAGGAGAGCAGGAGUCGAGCAGUGAGGAAGGAGGAGGUGGGGUCACAUGGGAAACACAAGCCAUGGAGGUCAAAGGUCAACUCAUCUCAGCACCUGACCCGCUCACCUGUCCAGACAGGAAGCAGAGGGAGCGAAUGGCAGAGCUGCAGGAGAGGAGGCGGAGCCUGCAGGCCCUGCUAAGCACACGAUUGGCUGAGCUGAGACGCAUCUGUCUGCAGGAGGCGGAACUGACAGGCGCGGUACCCACUGAUUUCCCCCUGGAGGCGGGAGAGAAACCCCCCUGUGUCCGACGCAGAGGUGGGACCUCUCGCACAGGAAACAGGAAGUGCAGAGCCGAGGAGGAGGACACUCAGCGAACAAAGCUGAAGAAAACGUUAUUCAGCGGUGCUCUGAGGAAACACAGCGACCCUGAACACAACACACACACACAGACGCACACACACCACGGCAAGAGGACUGUACACAGAGGCUGCCACACAGACGACACAGUGAGGUCAGAGAGCAGUUCGACAUCAGACUCAACAGGACACGACAACGAUGACGGUGUGUCUCAGUGGCGCCCCCCGCUGGCCUCUUCUGAUUCUCCAGUGGAGGUUUUCUACCACAACAAACCCAAAAGGAACUCACUGCACAACAGGAGCAGCCGGGGAGGCCGUCGUCAGGGUCACCACCGCCGUCGCAGCAACAGUUCAGACGGCCUCCUGGACCGCAUCACCUCCCCUGACGAGGACGGGGGGAGGCCGGGCCAGCAGGGGGGAUUGUGGGUAAAAGGAACAAACAACGUUGCAGCGUAUAGAAGCUCAGAGACGCUGGCAGAUGGACGCACGAGGACGAAUAAUGGACUCACUGAGGUUGGAGGAAGGGGAGGUGGAACGGGGCGAGGAAGAGGAGGAAGAGGAGGGGGGUACAGUGAGGUCCUGCUGGACUACGUUUGGGGGAAACAGCAGCAGCUGCAGCGACAGCAGUCCCAGACUAACAGGCAGCCAGUCACACCGCACCAACCGAUGGUCUAUAAUGGCUACUCUUCCCAGCAGCCCCCUGUAGCCCCGCCCACCUACCGCAGUCACCUGGGCGACCAGCGACGAGUCAAAGUGACCCGGACCAAAUCCUGUGGCCCCUUCCUGCCGGUGCAGCAGAGCCAAGCCGAUACCCACAAUCCUUCUGUGGCAGGCAUCCAGCCCGACCCUCACCCCCACCUGCUGCCUCCCCGACCCCCACAGAUGCUCCCCUCACAGGACGCACAGCUGGAGGAGGCAACCAGGAGCCUCCACAAGGCCCUCGCUCUGGAAGGUCUGAGGGACUGGUACCUGAGGAACACGAUAGGCUCCUCCCACACAAACCAGUCCAAUGGGAAGGUGAACGCAGGGGGGGUCAAAGGUCAGGGGGGAGGCGGAGCUCUGCAGCGCAGACGGACGACUCACGGCGUCAUCCAGCAGCCGACCUAUCAGACGGAGACGAGUCAUCAGACUGCGCCGCAUCACAAACAGACGGCGCUGCCACAUUCGGCCACGUUCCACGGACACCCGCUGCACGCCAGGUAG